AUGGCGCUAAAGUCUAAAGGCAGUCCUGAUGAACUGAUAAUCUUAAAGGCCGACAUCGUGCAGAAGGAAGAAGACGUGGCUCUGGACAAACUGGUUCGCCUUCAGCGCAAAGACCUACCGGAGAAGGAUAUCGCGCAGAAGCUGAAGAAACGCAUGGAGAAGGUAUUCGAGGGACACUGGGGUUGCAUCAUCGGCUCGGCUUUCGGGUGGAGAUUUCCAAAGAAGCCAAUUCGAGCGCGGAAGGUCAACAUGCCGGAGAGAGAAGAAGAUGCUGCUCUGGAUAAACUGCGUCGCCUCCAGCACAAGUAUACACUAGAAAAGGAUAUCGCCUACAAGCUGAAGAAACACAUGGAGAAAGUAUUCGAGGGAUACUGGAGUUGCAUCGUCGGUUCGUCCUUCGGGUGGUAA